CCCACCACCACCGGAUUUUGGGGCCCCGACUCGGCCGCGCGUUCGUGUCGGUUGCCGCCGCCGCCGCCGCCGCCGUCGUUUGCCCACCAGUGUUCCCGUCGUAUCGAGCCGCUUAUACCGCGGCGCAGCACAGAUACACCGCAUACACCUCACACACACGCGGCCGCGAUAAUAAACGUUCUUUUAUAAUAAUAGUAUACAUGUUAUGAUAAUAUUAAUUUAUCGUUACGAAAUACGAAAAUCGUAAAAUAAUUUAACAUUUCAUUACAAUAUAUACAAUUUAUUAUAUAAUUAUAUUGUAUUCUCGCCCGACUGUAUUUUUCGUUCCGUCUCUUGAAUUCCCCGCCACUAGUCGAAUACUCGACUCGCGUCCGUCAGCACGCAUUCAGACGGUCUGUUUAAUACUCAUUUUUCCGCACGAAACCUGCCUCCGUACUGCGGUAACAACGACGAAUAAAAUAUUAUGUGAACUUGGUGCGCAAGUCCGCAACAGAGAAGUACAAGAAGACAGACCAGGAGGAACCGUCGACUACCGAUUUCAAACGGCCGUCGUCGUUAUACACACCAGCAACAGCCGCAGUCUCAGUCGUCCUACGAACGUUUUGUCGACGUACCGUUUCGCAGACGAUAAUAUACUUACCUAACAUGGACACUGCUACGUUUUUCGUUGAGGGCACUGCCAAUCAGUUCGAGCACGUACUCUCGCUGUACCCGCAAGCGUUGCGCAUCAAAGCCGAGGCCAAGACGAAAAAGCCCGAGGACCUCAUCAAGCUGGACAAUUGGUAUCAGAAUGAAUUACCAGGAAAAAUCAAGUCAAGGGGAAAAGAUGCACAUUUAAAUCAUGAAGAAAUUUGCCAAAUAAUGAAAUGGAAACAAACAAGAGGAAAAACAUUCCCUCAAUUGAAUUACUUAAUUAAAGUGAACACACCGCGUGCUGUUAUGGCUGAGACAAAGAAAGCUUUCAAAAAAUUACCCAAUUUAGGACUUGCACUUACGGCAUUAAGUAAUUUGAAAGGUGUUGGAACCACAAUGGCCUCAGCUUUGUUAGCAGCAGCUGCACCUGACAAAGCUCCUUUUAUGGCUGACGAAUGUCUUAAAGCAAUUCCAGCUAUUGAAGGAAUUGAUUAUACUGCUAAAGAAUAUUUGAACUUUGUAGCCCAUAUUCAGCAAACAGUGGAAAGACUUAAUGGUGAAUGUAGUGAAAAUACAUGGAAUCCACAUUCAGUAGAAUUAGCAUUGUGGACACAUUAUGUGGCAAAUGAAUUCAAACCGGAACUUUUAAGUAGUGUUCCAGAACCAAUUAAGAAGCCAAUAAUUAGUGAACAAACAAAUACCGAAGCUCAUAUUAAUGGCAGUGUUAAUCAAACAGAGUUGGAUGAACCAACAUCUGAUGAAAGCAAUCCUGAGCCAUUACCACCGUCCAAUGGUCACCAAUUAACAAUUGAAGACGAUUCUCGUGACAAGUCUGAAGAUGAUAUCACCAAUGACUCUAUAACGACAUCAGAAUCAGCUCAAACACCACUUGCUGAAGCUUUAACAGAGGACUCAUCUAGUCUGCCUGCCCCCGAUGAACCCCCUGUAAAAAAAUUCAAAACUGAAGGUCAGACAGUGGCUGCAGAAGCCAAUGGAAACUAAAUUGGUUAAAUGGUUUUAAUUAAGCCUAAUGGACCACCAUAAGUUUAUAAUUUUAGUGACAAGUUAAUAUUGGAGAAAAUGUUGUUUGAAACAAAAUAAAUUGAUAAAAAAAAACUCCAUAUUUAUCAGACUUAAUGAUGUAAUUAUAACUUACAGUUAUACAAUUUGAUUUACACAUAAAAUAUUUCACCAUUUUUAAGUGGACAACAAUUUAAUUUAUUUUAACUCGUACAUAAAAACUCGUAAAUAUAUUUUUUUUAUACUUAGAUUUUAUACAACAAAAUAAAUUAAGUCUGUAAUAUUCUAAUUUGUUUUAUUCAACUUAGUAAUUUCAUGAUUGAAAUAUUUGACUGUAAAUACAAUUAAUUAUAAUUAUAAAUGUUUAAGAUUUACGGGAUAGAGGGAUGUCUGAAUAUUAUGAAAUAAUAAUAAAAGUGCACCUUAGGAAGUAAUUUUUUUCUAAGAAUUGUCAUAAUUCAUUGAAAAUUUUGAUUUAUAUUGGGGGGUCAAGGGAGACUUGCAUUCAAGAACAUAAAAACCAUUAUAAGUAUAUACAUAUAUUUAUAAUGGACAUAUUAUUAUGUAUAUAAAUAUGUAGUAUUAAUGUAUCGGAUCUGCACCAUUUUUAUUGAAAUAAAUUAACAACAAUGUUAAUUUAUGUACUUAAAUAAGAAAACUGCCUUUUAGCAAUUUUUUAUGUUUUAUUUACUUCUAUAUUUUUUUUUAAUGGUACAAACAAUUAUUUACAUUCCGUUAAAUUGAAACUAUAUAUAUUUUUUUUUUACUGUAGACUUGGGCAAAAUCACUAAUGAUAAUAAUUGUAUCUGUAUGAUUUUUUUUUAGUAACAUGUAACAUUUUUACUUUUAAUGUAAAAUCUUAUAGUUUUUGGUAUUUUUUUGUUUUAAAAAACGGUACAUUAUUAAUAUAUUAAAUAUUAUUUAUAA